AUGGAUUCCCUUAAUACCAACCGUUUGAACCUCCCCUCAUAUGAAAAUCGACUGGCCAGCGAAGCUCGAGUCGCCCGAAUUAACGAACUGUACAACAGGGCACAGAAGCUGCACGUCAGGGAGGAAAACCAAAGAAACCAUCGAGACUCUAUUAUAUCUGACAAUUCUACAUCUGUUGCUGGAUCGUCGCAUGAAGCGAAUCCCCAGGAUAACUACAAGCGACUAACAUUUUUGCCGAAAUACCAAAAUCAGCAGGGCUCACAUCGUGGAGCAACGCUUCAACAAGAACAAUCGGAAACAGUGACAAUAAAACCUGAAGUGGUGUCUAACCCAUUCAAUCCUAAAAUUACGGAGGUGAGACCAAGGUCGAAAGAUGAAAUGGAGCAAGAACUGCACUUCACACCGGAGUUGAGAUCUACCAAGAGUCUUGUUUCUUCGCGCUCACCAAGCAGUGAGCGGCUGUGGCCCAAUGAAGGUCGAACUCUGAGAGUUCAAGCAAUUCCGCGGAGAGUGUUCAAGGAGCCUCGCUCAACGCACUUCAGAACGAACGUCGACCGUGGCCGUCGUCGAGAGUCUUUCAAAGAGCUGAAACAACGCCUUGGUAGGCCGGUUCCACUAGGCUAUCUGUCGUCGGGCGAACAAGGGCUGAGCAGUGGUCCCAACAGAAAAGAACUCGAAUCAAGGUGGAAAAAAAUUAUAUCCGGUAAAAAUCCAGAGAUAAGUCAAGAGUGGGAUUCCUCUUGGAAUGAAUCCCGAUCGCCUUCUGCCCACACCAGCCUCAAGUCGAAUUCUUCCGGCGUAGAGUUAUCUCUGCGACAAUUAGAUGACGAUGACGAUGAUAAACCUGACCUUGACGAACUGGAAAUGAGCAUAGAUAGACCAAAGACUGGAAAUUCUCAUUUGUACGCCAUCGACGAGACUCUUCGAACAAAUUCGCAAAAAUUGGAUCAAGUGCUGGCUUUGUUAGAUGGCAAGCAAAGAACCGAUUAUCGGACUGAGGCCAUGGCCUGGAUAAUUUGUAUUAUAAUUCUUAUUGGGCUCAAUCUAUACUUGAGCGAUGUGUAA